AUGGCCGACAAACCCCAACCCCCGCCGCGGAAACGCUACAUCCAGUCAAUGGAUGAUUUCUGGAGACUCGAGAAGGAGGCGCUGAAUCCCCCAGAAAACGGUGCUGCUACCCCUGUCGACCUUCCCAAGACGAACGAGGAACGAAUGGUAUGGGUCGACCAGCUGAUUACAUCUUUCCGCAACAUGUCGAAUAUCUGCGAUUCGACGGCCGACAACCACGGCCAUAUCAGGUUCGUUCGGGAGGAACUGACAGACAAGGACGCGGAGCGCAUGGCUUGGAAGAUCCUGGCCGAAAUGGAGGCAUGCGAAAGCCGUUCUGCAAGCCACGCCCAGACCAGAAUCAUCAAGGCGGUGUUCAAGGACUUCACCACCAGAAUGAGGAUCUUUCUUGCGGUCAUGGAUUGCUGCAAAGCCGCCGUUGCCAAUCUUUUCCAGCCCUCCAUCGUUGAGAGGUUUGUCUACAACCCGGUUACCGAGCUGAACACAAAGCUCUCCAACCUCCAUACCAACCAGAUCAAGGCGCACAACGUCAGAAUCGCCGACGCGGUCAAGAAGCAUGGUUCCGCGUCGUUUGACCAUAACACUUGCGAAGUCAAGGACGGCAAUGGCAGAGUCCUUGUGGUUCUUCCCCGCCCACAGAAGCGAAGGAUUGCGGAGUUCUUCCCGGCCGACCUCCUCCCGCAUGCGAAGGCCAAGCGCGCUUAUCGCCGGCGAGUCCAGGCACCCGCCAACAACCAAUCUGACGCCGACAACGAACCUAACGGUGACAACAAUCCUGAUCUUGACAAUCACCCCAGUGGCAACAAUGAGCAUAUUUUUGACGACGAGCACGACGACGAGGGCAAUGCCGCCAACAUCCUUCAGGAUGACAACGAACCCAUAGCACCGAAUGCGCAGCCAGUACAUGUCGCCUCAGGUCUCUCCGUCAACGAGCGAGCUUUCAUUUCUUCGAUGGUCAACCAUGAGCUUGGUCGCGCAGGUGGCGCCGGCUCAUCGCCGUUUGUUCUCCAGGGCCAGGGAAAUACCGGCCACCAAACACGUCUCCAGCCUGCCGAUCAGGCCUCGCUCUUUGCUGUUCGGGGCCAUGUUUUUCAUCAUCAUGCCAAUGGCCAGGGCGGACCUGCCGGCGUAGGCUCAUCGAGUCAUUCUCAUAAUCAGCACAGGAAUGGUAACAUAAAUGCCUUGUACCAUAUGCCCCAGAAGCGCAAUCUGUCGAAUGUAUUGGGCCCCGACGCUGCUCAACCAGAGCCGAAAAAGGCGAAGAUUCUGACCGCUACAAUGAGCAACGGCAGCGUGAACAAGAUGAGCAUGGACAACGCCAACACGAGCAAUGUGAGCGUAAAUAACGGAAGCAACGUUGCACACAACGUGUACGGCGAGGAUGCUACCAAUGGCGAGAGUGAAGACGACAGCAACGAGGAGAGUAAUGGCAGUGACAACGAUAGCGACAAGAACGAAGACGCUGAGAGCUACGACGACACUGACUAUGACGAGGAUGGCGACAACCACGCGUCAAGGGACGAUGACGACCACGAGUACGGUGACAACUCGUAUGGCGACGACGACAACGGCGAAGCAUCGGACAAUGGCGAGUCAAGGUACGGUGAGAACCACGAGCAUGGUGGCAACAACCCGCACACCGACAGCAACUACCAAGCAGGCGACAACUGGAUUGAUUGGUUUACCGCCAAUCCUCAUGGGAACGACAACGGUGGCCCGGCUGGCAUGGACUUGUUUCCAAAUCAUCAGGGCUUUGCGGGCCAAGGCCAUCCCACUCAGGCUCCAGUCCCCGGUCCGGUUCCAGGCCAGACCUUUGAAGGCUCUCACCAGAGCAGCGGCGGAGCUCCUCACACAGCCCCUCUUGUCAACGUCGAUAACUCCUUCCAGCAGUCGUACCCGGCUUCCAGCCGAGCUCAGCGCCAGGCCUUUGAUGGCGCAGGAGCUCAUCAGAGCAACACCGGAGGUUCUCACUGUUGGAGGUAA